AUGUCGACAGGCGAUACCCGAGACCUGGACUCCAGGGAAGUUACGGUGGCAUCUUUGUGGGUUGGUACGAAUGAUGUGUACUGGAGCUUGCACCAGAACCCGAUGGAGGCUGUGGAUUUCGUUGCCAUCGCCGAUCGGACCGUCAGGCUGGUGGAGGACGUACUCGAAAAAGGUUUCGACACGGUUUUGGUAGGCCGGAUUAUUGAUCCAGCCUAUAUGCCGGGUUUCCAGUACUUUCGGCUGAGUGCAGACCAAUUCCGCGCCUUAGAAGCAGGAUAUAGUGAAUAUGUCGUCCAGUUGGAGGCGGGUCUCGAGCGAGUGCGGAAGAGACGUGAACAGAGGCCACAGAACGAAGUUCUGUACUGGAACCCACAACUCAUCAUGGAGCAGCACCUCUCUAGGACACCAGCGGACGAACUCGGUCCAGACCAACACCCGCAGGAAGCGGCCGAAAUGAAUACAAUCAUCUGCACACGUGCGGAGUGCUUGUUUGUAGCUGAUGGAUUCCACCCCAAGUCAUCCACACAAAGUUUGUUUGGUCGGCAUGUGAGUAUGAUGCUGCAGAAACACAUGAUGUCCUGCGAUAAAGCUUGA